AUGUCGUCGACUGAAAAUCUCAGAUUGCUUCAAGAGUUUGAUCGUCACGUUGAAGAAGUGAUUUUCACUGCUGACUGCACCGCGUGGAACGAUAAAAGGUCAUCGCAAAUCCUAGAUGGGUUACUGUUUAUUGUCAAGAGAACAAUCGAGCCAAGGUUUCAGAUAAUUCUUCAGCCAGCCUGGCCAGUGAACACACAUGCUGAUCAUUGUGGUUUCUGUAUGGUGGAGAGCUUUAAUCAAGUUGGUCGUUUUGAAGAACUGAAGCCGAGAUUUUUGUUGCCAAGUCAGGGCUUUGUAGUCUUCUUCAACAAUCUAGAAGACUCCACACGUGCAGCAGAGUGUAUAAAAGGGCUAGUUACAAAUGCACCAACAGGAGGCACUACCCAAGUAACCGAAGAGCAUAGAGGCAGUGGAGUUGGAGAUGAUCCAAGCAUUACCACGAACAUCCGGACAAACGAAAUCAUCGAAGAGCAAAGAGAUAGUGAGAUUAGAGCUGGAGAUGAUCCAAGCAUUACCACGCACAUCCGGACAAACGAAAUCAUCGAAGAGCAUAGACACAGUGUGAUUAGCCUUGACAUGCUGGCUGCUAGUGGCGCAACCGAGAACAACCACCCGCAAGUUUGGGAUGAGAAGGCGUAUCUCCAAAACACUAGAGUUGUCAUGGCCAUGAUUGCGGUACUUCUUGCGACGAUUGUGCUUUCCGUAGGAUUGAACCCGCCGUCAUCAAUCAACACGUUGGCCGUUGUAAGAUCGGUAAAAGUGUAUGUCCAUUAUGUUUACUAUCACAAAGUAUUUAUACAAGAAUUGAUAACGUGA